GGCACAGGAACCAGUUCAGGAUGUCGAAAGCCAAGACCCUGCCACAUCAGAUUAAAUGGGAAUGAUGCUUACAUUUGGCGAAAAUCGCAAUAUACAACUCUUACCCUGGGGUUCAAUGACAUCUGGAGUAAACAGCGUCCAAAUUCGCCUCCGUGCACCUCAGUUCAACCCAACCCAUUAACCGAUAGGGUGUUGCCAUGGGCUCCGCAUCCUUAUCAACUCCCUCGCCUGCUUUUAGCAUGACCUCUAGCUCCACUUCGUCAAAGAGAACUGCGGUCUUUGACCCCGUUUUUCAUUUGUUAUCCAUACCCCCCACCGAUAGACAGCGGCCUCGGCAAGCCACAUCACAUCAGGGCUGAUAAUGGGGGCUACUAAGACGGCGAGAAACGCUUUCCUCGUGAUUUCCUCACUGUGCUAUUCUGUGUUUUCAUUGCCGCCCAUCGAUCAUCCUUCCUUGCACACACCUCGGGUUCAACUAGCUCAAGGACUCGUUACAGGCCUUCGUUCACCCCAGUUCCGUCAGGAUUAUUUUUUGGGCAUUCCGUAUGCUCAGCCUCCAUUGGGCAAGCUGAGGUUUGCGAAGCCCCAACCACUGAAACCACGUCCGAGUCAUACGGUAGAUGCCAUCAAGUACGGAAAAGCAUGUUUACAGCCGCUUAGUACCCUGAAUCUAACGGCUUCUGACAUGUCAGAAGACUGUCUUUUCAUUAAUGUCCUCCGACCCUCAAACUUACCCCAUGGUGCGAAACUUCCUGUGAUGGUUUGGAUUUAUGGAGGAGGCAACACUUUCGGUGCAUCGCAACUAUAUAAUGGCUCGGUGAUCGUCAAGCAAAGCGUUUUUCUGAAUGAAUCUGUCAUCUAUGUGUCCUUCAAUUACCGUCUAAUGUCGUUUGGUUUCCUUGCUGCUCCUGAACUGGCACAUGCUUCUACCACCGGAACGCUCAAUGCUGGCCUACAUGAUAUGGUCGGCGCUUUGAAAUGGGUCCAGGAGAACAUUGCUGCUUUCGGAGGAAACAAGGACCUAGUGACAGUGUUUGGUGAGUCGGCGGGUGCGGUUGGGAUUGGAUCUCUCCUCCUUGCUGGAGGUGGUCGAUAUGUGAAACAGCACAAUUUAUUCCAUGGUGCCGUUAUGGAGAGCGGAUCUCCAUCAAGUAUCUCUAUUCCCCUUGUAUCUGACGUCUUUCCCUGGACAAAUAUCUUUGUCGCAGUAGCAGGUUGUCUUCCCUUCAAUACCUCAGUCAUAUCAUGUCUUCGUUCGAAACCCUCUGAGGUGCUUUACCAAGCCUCACUCGCGGCGUUAAAUACGACGGACCCUGCACUUGCUUUCACCGGAGUAGUGGAUGGGUUCUUUUUCAAGGGGGGGAUCCGUGCGGCAGAAGCAGUGAGACGGGGUUAUGUAGCGAAUGUGCCUAUCAUCACCGGGUGUAAUCUCGACGAAGGGACGUUAUUAGUUCCCCAUACGUUCAACAACACCGAUCAAAUGGUGAAUUUUUUCAGAGAAUGGUUUUACGUUGGGAAUCUUAGUGUGAAGCAAACGAAGCUCUUCAAGGGCCUUCUGGAGUUAUACCCCGAUAUUCCGGCAAUUGGAAGUCCCUAUGAUCCGGUUGGAGUGAGUAAGAACGAUCGGUUCUUUGGGCCAAAUAAUCAAUUCAAGAGGGCUGCGAGUUUGUUCGGGGACAUUGUCCUCCACAGCGGUCGGCGUGCACUCCUGGAUGCGUAUCUCAGGCGUGGUGCACAUUAUCCGGCAUGGACAUACCUUUAUACUCAGGUGAUUCCAGGAGUACCGGUAUACUUAGGUGCCUUUCACGGGAGUGAGCUUCCGUCCGUAUUUGGCAUGCACACCAUCUAUGAUUGGAACCCAGUUCUGGGUACGACUUCAUCGUACAUGAUCAGCGCCUGGGUCGCCUUUGCAAAUUCCCUGGAUCCUAACCGCCCGUACUUGCGUAAUUGGCCCAAGUACGGAGAGCAACACCACAUAUUACAGAUUGGGAAUGGGCACUUCGAUGUCAUCACUGAUGAUUUCCGGAAGAAGGGAAUAGAGUUCUUCCAGAGGAAGGACUUCACGGACGCGUUUAAUUUCUAAAGGUGUACAAAUUGUCCUCUGACUGGACUGAUCCACCGUGUGCAUGAUGUUGAAAGUCGAAAUGUCUGGCAUGCAACUUGGGAUCUGAAUUGAUUAAUGUCAAGUUCCGUUCUGGAGUUUGAUACUCUUCUGAGGUCCUUGCGCAUAACUUGUGAUCAAUGGGAAAUUCUCUUGACGAAUUUCUUCUAUUUCCCUGCAGCCCAUAUUAUAUUCCAGUUGGAGCCG